ACGCACGUUUCCGGAGUCGCAACGCAAUGGCAAGCUCGAACAAGUUAAGAUGUACACAUCAUAUUGACAAUCUUAAACCUUAGGAACAUCCUUGUCUGGCAAACCGUGUUGGAGUAGCAGCGCAGAUUCACAACGCACGUAUAGCUGUAGCGUCCAGAACCAUGGUGGUUCCGACCAAUCAUAUCCCCGAAGAUGUGCUCACAGACAUUCUCUUGAGGCUCCCUGUCAAGUCCCUUGUUCGAUUCAGGUUCGUUUGCAAACCUUGGUAUGCCUUACUGAAAAACCCCGAUUUCAUGACUAUCCACCUUAAUCUCAAAGUCAAAGCCAACCAUGGCUGUCAUCUCUUGCUUGUUAACAGUCAAGAACAAAACCACACAUUCUCCUUGAUAUCGAACAAAACACUCGAUGUAGCAGCCAAGAUAGAUGCCCCUCAAGGAGUAAAGUUUGGAAUUAUUGUGGGUUCCUGCAAUGGCUUAGUCUGUUUAUCUCAGGGUUCGGUUAUUCUCUUAUGGAAUCCUGCAACCAGAGAACAUAAGAUUCUCCCAACACCUUGCAUAGACCCCACGUUUCCAAAUCUGCUAAUCAUGAAAAUCUCGGUAGGUUUUGGUUUCCAUCUCGAUGACUACAAGGUGGUGAGGAUUGUGUACUUUAGAGGCCUGCAGGAUGGAAAUCCAGUUCAUGCCAGAGUUGAACUGUUCUCGACGAGUACAGGUUCUUGGAGAAUGAUCAAUGCCAUCGUGCCCUGUAACAUAGAGCAGCGCAGGUGCGGGGUGAUCCUGAAAGGAGUGCCAUAUUGGCUAGGGUUUGGACCCUUUUGGCCAAACACAAUCUUCGGACCCGGGGAGCCGCGUCGGGACGAGUUUGUCUUAUCUUUCGACAUGGGCAAGGAGGUAUUUGGCCUGGUGGGCGUGCCAGACCCAGAUGCCAAAGGCUCUUGCCAUAAAUACAGCAAGAAACUAGGCGUAUAUGAGGGAAGUGUUGCUUUAAUCUAUUAUCCCUGCCACCAACAUGUUGACAACUUUAUCGAAUUCUGGGUCAUGAAAGAUUAUGAUCUUGGUAUUGACGAGUGUUGGACUAAAGUACUGAGGAUUGGACCGUUUUCUAGCAAUAUUGGGAUUGCACUGGGGUGUUGGAAUAAUGGAGUGGUCAUAUGGCAGAACGACAAGGACGAGUUGUUUCUGUACAACCCCAUUACCAAAGACAUCAAGAAACUGUCAACUCAUGGGGCUACAAACUUUUCUGCCAGCGUUUCCACUUACAUGGAGAGCCUACUUCCAGUGAUUAACACUGGAAUUAAAGAUCUGUAUUAGAUACUGCAACUUGAUGAGUUGAUUCAAGUAUAUAAAGAAAAUGACAGCAACUUGUUUAGCCAUUGCACGAGUUAUGGUAACAUUUGAAUUGUGGCCAGGUCGAAAGUAUCUUUUUCAAGUGCGAUCGUUAACUAUUUUUGCUAG